GAAUGUAAAUGGAAUAGCAACACAAUUAAAAACUCAUUUUCCAUUUCUUACUAAACAUCAUUGUAUAAGUUAUCGCUUAGUACUUGCUUCUAAAGAUGCUGCAGAGCUAACUCCAUACUUUGAAACUUAUGAUAAAAUUAUUCGUCAACUUUAUAGCUAUUUUAUAAUUAGUGCUCUAUUAGAAGAUGCAACUAAAGGCCAAAAAACUGCACAACAACUUUAUAAUACUGAUUAUGUUUCAGUCUCAGAAGUUACAAUACAAGUAAAUACAGUUAUUGAAUUUAUUACAGCUGAUUUUAUUGGUAAAGCAAAUAUACAACCUACUUUUGGAACUAUACUAUUACGGUUUAUGAAUCAGCAAAAUAUUUUACCUCAUGAUUUUCCUUUAUUUGUAUGA